AAAAGAGAAGCUGAUUUUUUUUUUUUUUAUCUUUUGUUUAUUUACAGUUGGAUCAGAAGUCCCUUUCUCAGGGUAUGGUCCAGAUUUAUCUGAAUUUUGGGAUUCGGAUCGGGAUAAAUCAAAACAAUCAGGCUAUGGCAGGAACAGGACGACCCGAUCCGCUGCAAGGUUCAUCCGAAAUUCUUGAUAAUCGAGUCAGAAGUUGCUUAAUUUCCAACGAGCUGUUUUACCAUAUAUCAAAAGAAUACUCAUUCAAUGAGAUUCCCACGGAUUUUUUCAUCGGGAGUUCACAUUUAUCUGUUUCGAAGCAUUCAGCUUCACUUCAAAAAUCCAGAGAUCAGAACCGGCUAGCCAGAAAACGAGAGAUCGAUAGAGCAUACAGGCAAAGAAAAAAGGCAAAGACACAGGAACUUGAGGUUGAAAACCAGCAAUUGAAGACAUUUGAGGCUGAAGUAGGACGAUUAAAUGCUGAAAUUCAGGGAAAUAAACUCCUAAUGAAGUCUGAGCUGAUGAAACUUUUGGAUCAAAAUUUGAGUUCAGAAGCUAAAAUCUUACAGCUUCAAAGACAUAAUUGUUCGGUGACUAAUAAAUUGGAAACCCAGUCAGAGAAACUAGAUCAGCUUCAAGAUAAUUUGGGGUUUAUGCAGCAACUAACUGAGAAGAAGAUUCUGCAAUGUUUCAGAAUUCAUUGUAUCCAGAGAAUACCCGUACCUGGUACAGGACGCUUACAUUGAAAUAAAUUAGAUUCUUAAUU